AUGUCUCCAAGAAGUGCUGAUAGUAGGUCCAUUCAGUCGAAAGUAUCAAAAUUCUCAAAAAGUAGCAGACAGUCAUCAAUAGGUUCCGCAGCAAUCAAAGCACGAGCUAAGGCUGAAGCAGCCCGUGCCCAGCUGUCAUUUGCUGAACAGGAAGCAGAUGUAAUGAAGAAAAAGGCGGAUUUAGAGGCAAAUCUUCAUGUUCUCAAAAGCCAAAAGGCAGUUGCUGUUGCAUUAGCUGAAGCCGCAGCUUAUGAAGAAGCGAUUGAAAGCGGAGACUUAGUGGAUGAACCCCAAGUUCCUGAACAACCUCUUAGCCCAGCUGAACGGACUAGUGACUAUGUGCAAAGGCUUUCACAUGUCAGUUUGGAAGAUCUUCCAACCAGAGUUAAAUCAUCUGAAUAUUUCAGCAAAGUAGAAUAUGCAGAAAUGCCUAAAACACAGUUACAACCCACCGGCAACCAGUUCACAACAAAAGUAGAUUGUACCUUAAAAACACCAACGGAUCAGUUGAACUACCAAACGUGGCCACAAUAUUCUGUAAAGACAGAAAAGGAGCCUCCAGAGCAAGACCACGAGACUAAGUAUGACCUCGCAAGGCAUCUAAUCCGUAAAGAAAUUGUGAGUUCCAGUCUGCUGAAAUUUGAUGACCAUCCUGAAAAUUACUGGUCAUGGAAAGCAUCCUUUAAGAGUGCUACUAAAGAUCUUAACUUAUCCGCCCAGGAGGAACUGGAUUUAAUGACAAAAUGGUUAGGACCUGAGUCAUCAGUGCAAGCAAAAAGAAUUCGCUCUGUAAAUAUACUUCAUCCUGAAACAGGACUUUGCAUGUUGUGGCAAAGACUUGAGGAAAGUUAUGGAGCACCAGAGGUGGUGGAGCAUGCAUUGUUAAAAAAACUGGAGGAUUUUCCAAGAUUAGGCAACAAAGAUAGUCACAAACUCAGAGAGUUAGGAGACAUCCUACUGGAACUGGAAUGUGCUAAAACUGAGGGAUACCUUUCUGGUCUUGCAUAUUUGGACACAGCUCGCGGAUUAAAACCAAUAGUGGAAAAACUCCCAUACAGCCUACAGGAAAAAUGGGUGACUGAAGGAUUUAAAUACAAGGAACAGUACAAGGUACCAUUCCCACCAUUCAUAAUCUUCUCUAGAUUUGUGAGGCAACAGGCCAAAAUCAGGAAUGACCCAAGCUUUUUCUUUCCUACACCGACAAGUCAGUUCUCUAAGACAGAAAGGGUUGUGAGACAGAAAGUUCCACUACAAGUGUAUAAAACAGAUGUUCCAACAGAUUUUACAGCUCAGCAGACAUGCACCGCAGUGAAGAAUACAGAAAGCCCAGAGCGACAGUGUCCAAUACACAAAAAGCCUCACCCAUUAAAAAAGUGCAGAAGUUUUAGAAACAAGUCUUUAGAUGACAGAAAAACAUUCCUCAAAGAGAACAGAAUCUGUUUCAGGUGUUGUGGUUCAACUCAACAUGUAGCCAAAGAUUGUAAAACAACACUUAAGUGCUUAGAAUGUAAAAGUGAAAAGCAUAUUUCAGCUAUGCAUCCAGGUCCUCCUCCGACACCAGCAGUGGUUGCAGCCGAAAAAGAGGAUGAUAAAAAUCUGAACGAGGACAUGGAUCUCUCAGUUACAUCAAAAUGUACAGAAAUCUGUGGUAAGAUCAACACUCACAGCCCACGCUCAUGUUCAAAAAUCUGUCUGGUCAAAGUGUUUCCAGCUGGUAGGAGAGAGAAAGCUGUAACAAUGUAUGCGGUUCUUGAUGAACAAAGCAACCGUUCUUUAGCAAAAACUGAGUUUUUUAACAUCUUUGACAUUAAGACCAAUUCUAGCCCAUACACACUGAAAACAUGCUCGGGAAUGACAGAGACAUCAGGCAGAAGAGCUUCCAAUUUCAUAAUUGAGCCAAUUAAUGGGAAGCUACAAAUACAGCUCCCCACUCUCAUUGAAUGCGACAUGAUACCUGAUGAUAGGUCAGAGAUUCCAUCUCCGGUGGUAGCCCAGCACCAUCCUCACCUACAGCCAGUGGCAAAUAAAAUUCCAGCUGUGGAUCCCAAUGCUCCUAUCCUGUUGUUGUUGGGACGAGACAUAUUGAGAGUACACAAGAUACGUGAGCAAAUAAAUGGGCCCCACAACACUCCCUUUGCACAACGUCUCGACUUAGGUUGGGUCAUUGUGGGUGAAGUCUGUUUAGGAACAGUUCAUAAACCACCAGUUGUGAGUGUCUUUAAAGCGAACGUGCUUCUGAAUGGUCGUCCGUCCAUCUGUUCUCCUUGUCCAAAUAACAUCCAAGUAAAAGAAAAUUUCAAUUCAACACUGCUGCACCAAGGAUUACAUGCCUUGUCCUACUCGGAAGACAUAGGCCUUUCUGUUAUUACAGACAGCAUAGGUUCUUCAGUGUUUCAAGGAUCUAAGAAUGAUGAUAAACCAACAUUGUCUGUGGAUGACAGGCAGUUCUUACAUAUCAUGCAACAAUCAGUAUACCAAGAUGAAGAGAACAGCUUGGUUGCUCCCCUGCCUUUUCGAUCUACGAGGCGUUGCCUACCAAGUAACAAAGAACAAGCAAAGAAACGUUUCUGUUCUCUUCAGAAAACAUUAGAAAAGAAACCAGACAUGAAAAGGCACUUUACAGAGUUUAUGCAAAAAAUGCUGGACAAUGGUCAUGCAGAGGUUGCUCCACCCUUGAAAGAAGGCAAGGAACACUGGUAUCUUCCAACAUUUGGAGUAUACCACCCCCAAAAGCCAGGACAAAUAAGAGUUGUGUUUGACUCCAGUGCUGAAUAUGAUGGAGUGUCAUUGAACAAUGUCCUGCUUCGUGGCCCAGAUUUAAAUAAUACUCUUCUUGGGGUCCUUCUGCGCUUUAGGAGAGAGCCUAUUGCAUUUUCAGCAGAUGUGCAACAAAUGUUCUAUUGUUUUGUUGUUCAGGAAGAGCAUCGCGAUUAUCUAAGAUUCCUGUGGUACGAGGACAAUGACACAGAAAAGAAUGUGAUUGACUACAGGAUGAAGGUUCAUGUCUUUGGCAACAGCCCAUCACCCGCUGUAGCCAUCUACUGCAUGAGGAAAGCAGCUCAAGAGGGUGAAAAAGAACAUGGCACUGAUGCUAAAAGGUUAGUGGAGAAGCAGUUUUAUGUAGAUGACUGUCUUUCCUCUGUAACUACCGCUGAAGAUGCCAUUGAUAUUCUGACAAGAACCAGAGAAAUGCUUGCCGAAUACAAUUUGUUACUACAUAAAAUCGCUUCGAAUGACAAGCAAGUGGUGAAUGCUUUUCCAGUGGAAGAUCGUGCAGUGAGUAUAAAAGAUCUUGAUCUUAGUACAGAGACCCUUCCUGUCCAGCGAAGCUUGGGACUUUCAUGGAAUUUGGAAACUGACAGCUUCACAUUCCAGGUUUCUCAUGAUGAAAAGCCUUACACAAGAAGAGGCGUUCUUUCUAUGGUAAAUAGUAUCUAUGAUCCUUUAGGAUUUGUAGCACCCAUAACAAUAAAGGGCAAAGCUAUAGUUAGAGAACUCACACUUGAACAGCAUGAAUGGGACGCCCCACUUCCAUCCCAAAAACAAGCAGAAUGGAAUAAGUGGAAAGAAUCAUUAGAUGCAAUUGAACAUGUCAAGAUUAAAAGAUGUUACAUUCCAGUUUCAUUAACUACAACAAAGAGAAAAGAACUCUGGAUAUUUUCAGAUGCCUCAACAACAGCAAUAGGGGCUGUCGCUUACCUGAGAGCUAUCGACCAGGAAGAGCAAUGUCAUUUUGGAUUUAUUAUGGGAAAAUCCAAGCUUGCACCAAGACCUGCACAUACAGUUCCACGGUUAGAACUGUGCGCAGCUGUGUUAGCAGUUGAACUGUAUGAUCUCCUCAAAGAUGAGAUGGACAUUCUUUGGGAUGCUGUCAAUUUCUUUACAGACAGUAAAAUAGUGUUGGGGUACAUUCACAACACUAGCAGAAGGUUUUACGUGUAUGUAUCCAACCGGGUAUCUAGAAUCAGAAAAUCUACACACCCCGAUCAAUGGUUUUAUAUCAGCACUGAGAAAAACCCUGCAGAUCACGCAACGAGACCUGUACCAGCCAUUCUGCUGCCACACACAAACUGGCUUUCAGGACCGUCCUUUCUAUCGCACAUUCAGACGGAAGAGUUCUCUGAGAAAACUUCUUUCUCUCUUGUAAAUCCUGAGACAGAUGAUGAAAUCCGGCCUGAGGUUGCUACCUUCAUUACCAAAAGCCAAACACAACUGGGUUGUCAUCGCUUUGAGCGUUUUUCAAGUUGGCAAAUCCUCACUCGCACCAUGGCAAAACUCAUUCAUGUUGCAAAUUCUUUCCAAGAACCACACCAGCCAGGCGACAAAAGAUGGAUACACUACAUAGAACCAUGCAGUGUCACAGAGCUUGUCAAAGCCAAGGAUUUAAUUAUUGGAUCUGUUCAACAUGAAGUGUUCAAAGAGGAAUACAAGUGUAUAGAAAAGGGGCAACCAAUCUCAAAACAAAGCUCUCUCAAAAAACUCUGUCCGAUUGUGGACAUACAGGGGUUACUUAGGGUUGGAGGACGUAUAUCCUGUGCAGAUGUAUCCUGGGAAGAAAAACACCCUCUCAUUCUCCCUCGUACACAUCAUAUUUCUACCCUGAUUGUGAGAUAUUAUCAUGAACAAGUAGCACAUCAGGGACGUCAUAUUACAGAAGGAGCCAUCCGUGCUGCAGGGUUCUGGAUUGUUGGAAGCAAACGUGUAGUGUCUGCAGUCAUUCACAAGUGUGUGGUAUGUCGUAAACUCAGGGGAAGUUUGCAGUGUCAAAAAAUGUCUGAUUUACCUGUAGACAGGCUUGCACAAGAACCACCAUUCACUAACGUUGGACUUGACGUCUUUGGUCCGUGGACGAUUGUCACACGGCGCACGAGAGGAGGUAGUUCUGAAAACAAACGAUGGGCGGUAAUCUUCACGUGUAUGUCUACCAGAGCCGUGCACAUCGAGCUUAUCGAAUCCAUGACAACAUCCAGCUUCAUUAAUGCAUUGCGGCGAUUCUUCUCAGUUCGAGGCCCAGCCAGACUUCUCCGUUCUGACAGAGGAACUAAUUUUGUGGGUGCAUGUAAGGAAUUAAACAUGAACACAGAUGAUCCAUCACUACAAAAUUACUUAAAGGAGAAAGGAUGCACAUGGCUGUUCAACCCCCCACAUUCGUCGCAUAUGGGGGGCUCAUGGGAAAGACUCAUUGGGGUAAGCAGGCGCAUUCUGGAUGCCAUGCUGUUAAAGACGGGGUCAAACCAACUCACACAUGAAGUCUUAAGCACCUUAAUGGCAGAAGUAAUGGCUAUCAUGAACGCAAGACCUUUACUUCCGGUGUCUACUGACCCUGAAAACCCAACAGUCCUCUCCCCUACAGUGCUUUUAACGCAAAAAACGAGUGCUUUGUCAGCCCCUUCUGGAAACUUUGAUACUUCUAGUCUAUAUGGUAAGCAGUGGAAGCAAGUUCAGUGUUUGGCAGACACUUUCUGGAAACGAUGGCGGGGAGAGUACCUGUCCUCAUUACAAAACCGCAGGUUGUGGACCGAAGACAAGCCUAACAUUAAUGUUGGAGAUGUCGUAUUGCUCAAAGAUAGCCAAGUACACAGGAAUGAGUGGCCAGUGGGACUUAUUGUUAACACGUUCCCAAGCCAAGAUGGCAAAGUACGAAAAGUGGAAGUAAGAGUUGCAAAACAAGGAACUGUAAAAACGUUUUUGAGGCCAGUUACAGAAAUCAUAGUUCUUUUAUCUGAGGCAAACACUAUUUAAAGACUGUACUAAUCAUAUGGUAUAGUGGCACCAACAAUGGUGCCAGGCGGGGAGUGUGCUGCCCCCUAAUAGGACUUCUAUUUUGAAAUGACUUUUUGAUGAGUUAUACUGCCAUCUGCUGGUUGUUCAGCCAUUUUGUUCAGUUCUAUCAGAGAGCAGUGCAGAGCACAUGGUUUCAUGUAUGGUGCAUC